AUGACGUCCGAACAGGAGAUUGGCAAUGUGGAUGGAAACAUCCCCAAGCGUGUCUCCAGAUUCACACGAUGGUAUAGAAGCCCAUUGUUCAAUGUCAUCGUUGUUGGUAUGAUCAGCUUUACACAACCUGGUAUCUGGAACGCACUCAACAAUGUUGGUGCAGGUGGCCAGCAAGAGCCAUACCUGGUCAAUGGUGCCAAUUCCCUAACAUUCGGUAUAAUGGUCUUCGGCUGCUCUUUCUUCGCCAUACUCGCCAACAAGUUCGGCUUGAAGAACGUGCUUUUCUUGGGAACGCUCGGGUAUGCGCCCUACUCUGCUUCUCUAUACGUGAACAACCGGUACGGGGUGGAAUGGUUCGUGUUGUUUGGUGGCGCGACAUGCGGUAUCGCAGCAUCCGCACUCUGGGCUUCUGAAGGUGCGAUUGCACUAGGUUACGCCGACGUACAUAACCGAGGAAAGUUUACUGGCAUCUGGCUUGGUCUGCGAGAACUUGGUCAGCUCAUCGGUUCCUCGAUUCAGCUUUCCCUCAACUACAAGAGCGGACAACGUGGAAAAGUUGGGUACACGACCUACAUUGUUUUGAUCGCACUUCAAUGCCUCGGCCUUCCGCUGGCCCUCCUUGUGUCACCACCUCACAAAGUUUAUCAUCGCGAUGGCCGCAUAGUUCCGGAUCCGACGAAGAACAAGGCUGUCAUGAAGGAAGUACAAAGAUGGUGGGAUUUACUUCGUGAUAGGCGUUUCUUCUUGCUCAUACCGGUAAUGAUCGGAUUCAACUGGAACAACACGUAUCAGGGCAUAUACCUUACCAAGUACUUCUCAGUCCGUGCGAGGACAUUAGGAUCCUUGACUUCUGGGGUCGCAGCGACAGUCGCCAAUAUAUUUUGGGGCUGGCUCUACGAUACGAAGUUCGUAAGUCGUCCAACGCUCGCGAAGGUCACAUGGGGAAUUUUUUCGUUGCUUAUGCUGGGUUUGUUCGGCUGGCAAGUCGCCAACGAGAAAAUGUACGCCGGCUCAAAGGUGACACUUGACUGGGAUCUACCAGGUUUUGGACGAGCUUUUUUCGACGAUAUUGAGACUCUUACUCUCGCGGUCGGCCUAUUGCGUUCAUUCGAGUCGGUUGGAUCUUGUCUCGCUUUUGGCAUUGGUGCUGCCAAGAUCGAGCCUAUGGCAAACCUCAUCGUUGCCUUCGUUAUGUUUACCAUCACAAUCCCAUCGACGUUCGCAGCCACAUUCCUUGUUCCUGAGAGGCCCAUCGAUGAACGCAUGAGCGACCAUGGGCCUGCGAAGACGGCGGAUGAUCGGCUUGCUGAUGAAGCGGUGAGCGAUGUGGCAAGGAAGGACAACGCGUAG